AAAGUAUGAGCCAAAGAACUCCAUCAAAACAAAUCUCAGUCAUUGAAAUUUAACAUCUAUCCCAAAAUGUUUUCUUUUCUCAUCCUCCAAGUGUCGGAGGUUUUUCAGGUGGUUAUUGCUGCCGUGGUCUCUAUAGUCUUCUUAGUGUUAGCGGGUCUAACACUGGCAGGUUCAGCCACGGCAUUAACCAUAACCACACCGCUUUUUAUCAUAUUCAGUCCGAUUCUCGUACCAGCCACGAUAGCCACUGCUGUCAUAACCACAGGACUCACCGCUGGUGGCGCACUCGGAACGAUGGCCGCCGCUUCUCUCCUCAGCCUGCGACGUAGGUUCGGGCGUAGGAGAUUUGGGGGACUUAGGAGAUUUGGGGGAGGUAGGAGAUUUGGGGGAAGAUUUGGAAAACCAGGGGGUGGAGGAUUAGGAGGUGGAGGUUUACCUGGAGGAUUAGGAGGAUUAGGAGGUGGAGGUUUACCUGGAGGACUUGGAGGAUUAGGAGGAGGCGAAAAUCCGUUAGCUAAAAUCUCAAAAAUGUUCGGACCAGGGGCUGCAGGGGCCGCAAGUGGAGAUGCACCUCCCGCUGAAACUGCACCUGCCGCUGGAGCUGCACCAGCCGCUGGAGCUGAACCGGCUGCACCACCCACAUGGUAAAGGAAAUAAGUCAAGUUGUUCCAACAUGUAGCAUAUAUAUAUAUACGUUUAUGCUCGUAUGUAAUCUCAAAGCUGCUUAUACUGAAAUAAAGAAACACAAGACUACAAUUUUAUUAUUUUCUAGUAUAAAUCAUAUAACGUGAUGAAUAACCGGG